GAGAUCCACAGGUGAAAAUCGCAACGCACGCGCUCACCGGUCAGAAAGACAACGUCUGCAACCCUCCUUCUCAGAACAGAGAUGGAAAAAAAACAAGUCACCUAUUCCAAGUUGAUCAUUCGCAACUCAUCCCAGCAGCCAGAUGGGAGACCUCAGAGACACAAGAAUGAAGACGCUUCCACUGAGCAGGAGGUGGCCUAUGCAGAGAUAAAAAAUUCCGAGUCUUCUCAGCAGCAGCAGCAGCACAGAAAAUCUAAGAACAUUUCAAACAGAGGACCAGAGCAGCAGGUGACCUACACAGAGGUGAAAAAUUCCAAGCCAUCUAAGCAACAGCAACACAGAAGAUAUAAGGAUGCCAAGAACGCAGGUCUUGAGAGUGAGCAGCAAGGAACUUACACAGACCUAAAAUGGUCUGGUCAGCCUCAACUCCAAGUCAGAUGUGAGGUUGGACAGAGCCAAGAUUCCCUGUCCCCUCCAUGGAGGCCCAUUGCUGGGAUUCUGGGGAUCUUGUGUCUCGGGCUGGUGGUCACCACGGCAACUAUGGCUCUACAGAUUUUCCAGACACCAUCCAAUCAUGGAGCCCAAAACACUACUUCAUUGCCCACAGCAGACUCCAGUAUAGUUGUAUCCAGUCACGGAACUCAAAACAGUUCUUCAAUGCCCACAACAGGCCACAGGACAGACUGUUCCUGCUCUCUAUGCCCAGGGAACUGGGUUCAAUUUAACAUGAGCUGUUACCUCUACUCUACUGAACUGAAACCUUGGAAGGAGAGUCAACAGGCGUGCAAGUCCCAGAACUCCAGUCUCCUGAAGAUAAACAAGAGAAAGCUGGGUUUCUUUAAGUUAUUCAAAUUUUCUUAUUGGAUUGGACUGUCCCGUGCUGGACCUAGUAGUCCUUGGUGGUGGGAAGAUGGAACGACUUACUCCAGCAAUUAUCUCUUCACCUCUGAAGGAAAGGGUAAGGAUUGUGCAUUAUUUUCAAGCCAAAAAUUAAUACAUACGGAAAAUUGUGCUUUGGACAAAUUCUACGUCUGUGAGCGCAAGUUUGUAUAAUCUCUGUC